AUGAGUAUAAACUCCGUCAAUGGGAUAAUAUUCUUACUCCUGUUGGUUGUAUCACGUAUAAUACGAAGUAUUACCACAUUAGUAAUCUCGUUGAAGCCUUUUCUGUGGGUUCUUGUCGUUGGAGCUCAACCCUUCUACCCUUCGCGCCUGGAAUACUUGCAAGUAAACAAUGUGGGCUUUUAUUUACGAAUUACCCGAAGUCAAAUCAUUCAUUGGCGUUAUUUUCGCUGUCACAGGCAAUGUAAGGUUUUGAUAUCUGUAGCAUUAAAUAUUCAGAAAAAUGCCCACAAUGAGCUUCAGAAGCUUCACCAACUUGAUCAACUUGAUUAUGAAGCAUACAUAGGUAAUAAUCUGCGUAGUUCUGAAUCAGAAACGCGUAAUACAGAUACCAACGACAUCGAAGGAUAUGAAGUAUUGCUGGAUCCUGAGCAGUACAGUGAAACACAUUAUCUUCAUUCAAAGUCAUGGUGGGCUGGAAUACUUGUAAUGAUCAUCGGGGAACUAGGGAAUUUUAUCGCAUACGCGUUUGCACCAGCAUCUGUUGUGGCUCCUCUUGGAACAGUUGCGUUAAUUUCCAACGUUAUUUUAGCACCAAUCAUGCUCAAGGAGAAAUUUAGGUCUCAAGAUUUAAUUGGAAUCAUAAUUGCAAUUAUUGGUGCCGUCUUUGUGGUAUUAACCUCGAAAUCGGAAGAGUUAAAGCUUUCCGAAGAAGCAAUGUGGAAUGCCAUAAAGAAACCACAAUUCAUAAUUUAUUUUACUAUAACAUGCGCACUUGCAAUUUUUUUAAUUUAUCUUUCCGGUGAAAUUGGACAUAAAUUGAUUAUCAUCGAUCUAUCGUUGGUGGCAUUGUUUGGUGGCUACACGGUUUUGUCAACGAAAGCUAUUUCUUCUCUGUUGACGACGGAAUUCUUAAUGAUGUUUAAACAUACCCUUACGUACAUUUUACUAUUUGUUUUGAUUAGUACAGCGGUCCUUCAGGUGAAAUUUCUCAACAAGGCCUUGAAACAAUUUGAUUCUACGGAAGUUAUUCCUACACAAUUUGUUCUUUUCACUAUGUCCGCAAUAACAGGGAGUGCUGUACUAUAUAACGAUUUUGCUGAAAUGGACUUUUGGAAAUGUAGUAGCUUUCUUUCCGGGUGUUUUAUGACGUUUUUAGGUGUUUAUUUUAUUACAUCUAAUCGAAGCAAAUCUCAAGGCUAUAUUCCAAUAUCCCAUCAGGAACCAAAUACCAUGGGAAGAGGCAGUAUCAUUGUUGAUCCUUUACACCCACCGCUUCCUGAUCCAACUUCCCUUAACACGUCUGAAAGAAGAUUCUCGCAAGCAACUUCGGCCACAACCAUUCCUCGAAGGAACACAGUAUUAGGGCUGAUUAACUCAUCAAAUCCUACUUUGUAUAGAGCAUAUGGCUCAAUGGAUAAUUCGUCAUCGAGAAAUGACACGUUUUUGCAGUCAAUUGUAAACGGGGUGACCACUAAUUCUCUCACUGCUGGUGAUUAG